AUGUCCCGCAAGCAGAAGCGCAGCGUCGUGCAGUCGCAGCACGACCUCGAGCUGCUCAAGAAGCGCGAACACCGCAUUGCCAAGCAAAAGAAGACGGUAGAGAAGAAGGUGUCGUCCAAGGUCGCUCGCCGCAUCAAGGCACGCCAAGAGAAGGAAGGCAUCAAGGACGAGGACGAGAACGCGAUGGACGAAGCGUAA